AGGGCUCCAGAGAGAGAAAAAGACAACCAACUUUUCUUUCUUUCUUUCUUCGUUUCUUCCUUCCUUCCCUUGGUUCUUUCUUGUUCUUCUUUCAUGACAAGCACAACAACUAUGCUUCUUCGAAGCUCAUCAUCUUCGUCCACGCUCAAUUCAUGGCUUCCCCAUUCCAAUCACUCUUCUGCCGAACCCGAAAUCAUUCACCAGAUUCCACGAAUAACUCGAUCCAUCACGUUAUCCGCAUCGUCCUCGCCCAAAGGAGUCGCAUUGCCGCGUGUUCUCUCUGAUUCUGAUCUCUCCUCCUCCGUACACAUGCCUUGGGUUCGUCCUCCUUCCAGAACGACGUCGUUGGGCCCCGCAUUGUUUUCGUUCUCCGAGUUGACAGAAGGCGAUGGUGCAGGUUGUGGUGGUGGUGUUGGAGGAGGUGGUAUUGGCAUUGGUGGCGGUCGCGGUGGUUGGGGAUUCUGGGAUUCCAAUUACGACAAUGAUCCAACUGACGAAUAUUACCGAGCCAUGAUCGCAGCUAAUCCCGGGAAUCCACUUUUUCUUAGCAACUACGCAAGGUACUUGAAAGAGGUUUGUGGAGAUUAUGUUAGAGCAGAAGAGUAUUGUGCAAGAGCAAUUUUGGCUGACCAGAAUGAUGGGAAGGUGUUAUCCAUGUAUGCAGAUUUGAUAUGGGAGAGCCACAAGGAUGCUCCUCGUGCUGAGUGUUACUAUGAUCAAGCCGUUAAAGCUGCUCCAGAUGAUUGUUAUGUUCUAGCAUCCUAUGCUCAUUUUCUUUGGGAUGCCACGGAAGCGGGUGAGCUAGGGGAAGAAGAUUCCUCUCAAAAUUCUCCUAGUUUCUUCCAUGGAGGUAUUCCACCAGCUCCCCCUUCUCCUCUAGCCACAGCUGCUUAAGCUUCAUGUUCUGGUGCUGGCUUUCAUACAAGUUUCUAACAUUUGCUUAUGUUACCUUUUACCUCGUAAAAUUUUGGUCCAUGAAAAUAGUUGCCAUUAUUCAAAUGUAGAUUCAUGUAUAGGAGAAUGAAAGAUGAGAGACAAGAGAGAGAAAGUUAGAAGAGAGGGAUAUCUCUUUUUCCCAUUUGAUUCGUGUGCAUUCAGAUCUCUCUUCUAGCAACCUUGUAUGGUGGAAAUAUUGUAAUAAUGGUAGCAAAACAUUUUUGGAGUUAUAUCAUUCA